CAACGGAUAACAUUGAAAAAGGCAACCAAUACUUUACGUCCUCCAAUGGAGGUGGUGAAGCUAUCCUCCUUAAACACCUUCAUCAUUCCUAACCACCCUUUCUCUCUCCUCCGCUUCCCUCAGUCUCAACACCGCAAACUCACCUGCCGAUCAUCUCUCUCCUCCAACCCAACUCACCACCUUAAACUCUCCGAAGAACUCCAAUCCGAAACCCUUAAAACCCUAGAAUGGAAUCGUCUCUGCAAUCAUCUCUCUCGCUUCACUUCCACUACUAUGGGCCUCUCCGCGGCCCAAAAUGGUUCUAUCCCUAUAGGACGGUCCAUUCAAGAGACCCAAAGACUCUUGGCCCAAACCACUGCUGCAUUGGGCCUGAUAACCCGACUUGACUUCUCUGGAGUUUACGAUGUUUCUAGUAUUGCUCAAUUGGCUGAAUCCGGUGUCGUUUUGUCUAUUGCUGAGCUUUGUUCGGUUAAGCGCACGUUGCAGUCGGCGAAAAGGUUGUUUGAUCAGUUGCUGGAGCAUGAUGAUGGGAGGAGCUAUCCUUUGGUUGAAAUUCUUCAGAAUUGCAAUUUCCUGGUUGAAUUGGAGCAGAGGAUUGAAUUUUGUGUAGACUGUAAACUUUCAGUAGUGCUGGAUAGAGCUAGUGAUGACUUGAAGUUCAUUAGGUCGGAACGGAAAAAGAACAUGGAUGCUUUAGAUUCUCUUUUAAGGAGUAUUUCACUUCAAGUAUUUCAGGCUGGGGGCAUUGACAAAGCUGUGGUUACUAAUCGUAGAUCGAGGAUGUGUGUUGGUAUUAAAACCUCGCAUAGAUCUUUGCUCCCAGGUGGAAUUGUUUUAGAUACUAGUAGUUCUGGAGCAACAUACUUCAUGGAACCUAAAGAGGCUGUCGACCUGAACAACAUGGAAGUCUGGCUGGCGAGUUGUGAGAAAGAUGAGGAACGAGCUAUUUUAAGCAUGCUUGCUUCUGAACUGGGAAAGUCAGCAGCAGAUGUCAAUGAAUUGUUAGGCAGAAUUCGGGAGGUUGAUCUUGCAGUUGCGAGAGCUAGUUAUGCAAACUUGUUGGGUGCAGUCUGUCCUAAAUUAUAUUCAGAUACUUGUGAUGAUGAUGCUUUAUUGGUGGAUGUUGAAGGAAUACGGCAUCCUUUGCUGCUUGAGCCAUGUUUGGAUAGCUUGAAGGAUAUAACAGGACCAAGUGUAGGAAAAUCUGAGAGCUUAAACGGGGAAUUCAAUAUAAUGUGUUCCAGAGAGCUGCCUGAUGAAGUGCAUCAGUUUCCUGUUCCAAUAGAUAUUAAGAUUGGACGUGAAAAAACCGUGGUAAUUAUCUCAGGACCAAAUGCUGGUGGCAAAACUGCUUCCAUGAAAACUUUGGGACUUGUUUCCUUGAUGUCAAAGGCUGGCCUGUAUUUGCCAGCCAAAGGUAUUCCUAAGCUGCCCUGGUUCAAUUAUGUUCUGGCAGAUAUAGGAGAUCAUCAGUCCUUGGAAGAAAGCCUUUCUACUUUUAGCGGUCACAUUUUGCGGAUUGGCAAAAUAUUGGAGGUGGCUACAAAAGAUUCACUUGUCCUAUUUGAUGAAAUCGGGAGUGGGACUGAUCCUUCAGAAGGGGUGGCACUUUCUGCUAGCAUUUUGCAGUAUCUUAAAGAUAGAGUGAAUUUAGCUGUUGUAACUACCCACUAUGCUGAUUUAAGUCGCCUAAGGGACAUGGAUGCGCGAUUUGAUAAUGCAGCUAUGGAGUUCUCGCUGGACACACUACAGCCUACCUUUCAGGUGUUAUGGGGUUCUUCUGGUGAAUCAAAUGCCUUAAAAAUUGCUAGGAGAAUUGGCUUUGAUGAUAAGAUUAUUGAUCAUGCAGAAAGCUGGCUCGAGAGGCUGAUGCCAGAAAAUCAGGCACAGAGAAAAGGUCAGCUCCAUCAGUCUUUGUUGGAGGAGAGAAACAGGAUGGGUGAACGGGCAAGACAAGCUGCAUCCCUCCAUUCGGACGUAAUGAAUUUGUAUCAUGAGAUUGAAGAUGAAACGAAGGAUCUUGAUUAUCGUGAGAAGGCUUUGAUCGCAAAGGAAACCCAACAAGUUGAAGAAGAACUUGAUCUCGUGAAGUCUAAAUUAGAAACUGUGAUCCAGGAGUUUGAGAAUCAAUUAAGAACUGCAGAGAUUGAUCAGUAUGGUUCUCUCAUUAAGAAGGCUGAAUCAGCAAUUGGAUCUUUGGUUGAAAGUCAUCGUCCAAUGUCAGUUAGUGGUUAUGAAGAUUUUGAAGUUCUGCGUACACCUCAACCUGGUGAGCAGGUCCAUGUGAAGCGAUUAGCAGGUAAGCUAGCUACUGUGGUUGAGGUGUCUGAAGAUGAUGAAACUGUUCUUAUCCAGUAUGGAAAAGUAAGAUUUCGUGUGGAUAAAAGUGGUAUCCAACAUGUACAAGGACUUGCAGCUGGCUCAGGCUUACAUUUGAAAAAGCAGGCUCGUAUACCUGGAAAUUCGGAUCAUUUAGGUGGAAAGAAAGAAGAGGAACUAUCUUAUGGGGCAGUUGUACAGACUUCAAAGAAUACACUCGAUCUACGAGGCAUGAGGGUAGAGGAAGCUUCUCAUACACUCAGUAUUGCUAUAGCAUCAAGGGAAUCUCAUUCUCUCCUUUUCAUCAUACAUGGAAUGGGUACUGGAAUCCUUAAGGAAUGCGUAAUUGAGAUGCUGAAGAACCAUCCCCGUGUUGAGAAGUUUGAACAAGAAAGUCCAAUGAACUACGGUUGUACAGUUGCAUUUAUCAAGUAAAAGUACAUUGCAAUUCUAUAUGUUCAAAUAGUGAAUAUGAUAAAAGUAAAGGCUAUAAUUGUUUGGCUUACCUUAUAAUUUUCCAUGUACAGUGAAACCUUAUUGAAUAUUUUUCAGAAUAGCAGGGGAAAUCUUUUCAUCAA